GCCUGGAGGGGCCUGAGAAACAUGCUCCCCGCAGAGGCAGGGGCCCAGGACUGGCACUCGGACAUGCAGCUGGCCGGCAAGGUGCUGCUGUCGGCCGCUGCGCUGCUCCUGCUGACUGCGGCCUACAGACUGUACAAGUCGAGGCCCACGCCAGCCCCACAGCGGGGUGGGAACGAGGAGGCCGAAGCCGGGCAGGAAGCAGAGGGCUCGGGGCAGCCUGCUGCCCAGGUGGCUUCUCCUGGGACACCACGGAGGGGGCCGAGACGCCGCCGGAGGGUGAGCGAGGGGGCCGGAGCACACCUGGGCUGCAGCUGGGAGAACACAGGAGGCCCCUGCACCCAGACAACGGGGGCCACCUCCAGAGACGAGCCCCGGAGGAAAGGCUCUGGCGAGGAGCAGGGCGGGCAGUACCCGGACUCUGAGCAGGUGCCUCCCGGCUGCCGCGGCCAGGAAGCCGGAACAGCUGUUGGCGGUAAGCCCGACCCUCCGCAUCGCCCCCGUUUGCACAAGGAACCCAAAGGCUCCCCAGCUGGACUCGCUGCAGCAGCGGGCGGCAGCUGUGCGGGUGGUAAGCCUGCUCCAUGGCGGGACGGCAGACCCCUCGGGCAUCCAGGGCCCGGGCAGCUGGAACCUCCCCACCGGCCCUGGGUGGCCCCCGAGGAAGGCAGCAGUGACAUGAACCAGAGCUGGGUCUUCACCCGCGUGACAGGGGUCAGCAGGGAAGAGGCAGGGGCCGUCCAGGCCGCCUCCGAUGUGGGCCUGGCGCUGCGUCAGCAGGAGGGGGCCACCAACGCCUCCUACACCUUCUCGUCGGUGGCCCGGGUGCGGAUGGAAGAGAACUUCAUACAGAAGGUGGAGGGGGCUGGGCCCAGGCUGAAGGGCAAGGUGUACGACUACUAUGUGGAAUCCACCUCCCGGGCCAUCUCCGGGUGCGGGCUGGCCCCCAGGACAGCCCUGGCUGAGGCUCCCUGCCCUGAAGCACUGCCCAGACCCCUGGGAACAGGGGCAGCCUCCCGAGGCCAAGACACAGAAGGUGGAGCUGUCCCCCGGCCCGUGCCGUCCCCCUCCCUGCAAGGCUUCAGCAGGAAGGACAGCCUCCUGCAGAUCGCGGAGAACCCAGAGCUGCAGCUACAGCCCGACGGCCUCGGUUUCCCCGCUCCAGCCCCCCCAGAGCGGGGCACCCCGCCUGGCGCAGCCAGAAGCAGUGGGGACCCCCUCGUGCAGCUCGUGGCCGGGACCAAUUUCUUCCACGUCCCCCUCACCCCUGCUUCAGACCCGGACGUCCGCCUGGAUCUGGGCAAUUGCCACGAGGCGCUGACCUUGGCCAAGAGGCAGAACUUGGAGGCCCUGAAGGAGGCAGCCUACAAGGUGAUGAGCGACAACUACCUCCAGGUGCUGCGCAGCCCGGAGGUCUACGGGUGCCUGAGCGGGGCGGAGCGGGAGCUGAUCCUGCAGCGACGCCUCCGGGGCCGCAAGUACCUGUUGGUGGCGGACAUGUGCCCCCAGGAAGACUCCGGCUGCCUCUGUUGCUAUGACGAUGAGCGGGAUGUCUGGCACCCGCUGGCCCGGCUGCCCCCUGAGGCUGUGUCCCGGGGCUGUGCCAUCUGCAGCCUCUUCAAUUAUCUCUUCGUGGUGUCCGGCUGCCAGGGGCCCGGGCGCCAGCCCUCCAACCGGGUCUUCUGCUACAACCCACUGACGGGGAUCUGGAGCGAGGUGUGCCCGCUGAACCAGGCCCGGCCGCACUGCCGGCUGGUGGCCCUGGACGGGCACCUGUACGCCAUCGGGGGCGAGUGUCUGAACACAGUUGAGCGCUACGACCCUCGCUUGGACCGCUGGGUCUUUGCCCCGCCGCUCCCCAAUGACACGUUUGCCGUGGCGCACACGGCCACGGCGUGUGCCAGUGAGAUCUUCGUCACGGGCGGCACGCUGCGCUACCUGCUGCUCCGCUUCUCUGCCCAGGAGCAGCGCUGGCGGGCGGGCCCCACGGGGGGCAGCAAGGACCGCACGGCAGAGAUGGUGGCAGUCAACGGUUUCCUCUACCGCUUUGACCUCAACCGCAGCCUGGGCAUCAGUGUGUACCGCUGCAGUGCCAGCACCCGGCUCUGGUACGAGUGCGCCACGCACCGGACACCCUACCCGGACGCCUUCCAGUGCGCCGUGGUGGACAACCUCAUCUACUGUGUCGGGCGCCGGCGCACUCUCUGCUUCCUGGCCGACUACGUCUCGCCCCGGUUUGUGCCCAAGGAGCUGCAGAGCUUCCCGACGCCGCAGGGCACCCUCCUGCCUGCCGUCCUGACCUUGCCCACCCCCGAGGGGCCUCACACCAGGGUCUAGCAGCCCCUCCACUGGGCUCCUCAUGCAAAACGGGGAGGCGGUGAGCACCACCCUGCCUGUCGCUCUGUGGGUCGGUUCUGGGCAGUCAGGUGGCCCAGGACUUUGGCCAUCAAGAGGCAGAUUCUAAUCCUACCUGCUCCGCCCGGAAGGAAUAGAAACAUCUAGAAGAGGUUAACUUCUUGUAGAGGGCUAAGGAUACCAUCGAGGUCUCAGGAAAGGGAGGAAAGGCUGGGAUCCAAGGGCCACCCUCCUCCUCGGCUCUGCUCACAUCACUGCUAACUGACCACUGCGCCGCUUCCCUGGUCUCAGAAUCCUUCCCAGCGCUCCUGUCUGGAAGCAGGGGCAGCCACUACCAGUCGCCAGGGCUGGUGAGAGAUGACAGCAGGGUUUGCCUUCCCUGUGCCCAUGUGGUCACCUGGUUGCCUCAUCAGACAAGAGAGGACCGGGGAGGGGCAGGUCCACGACAAAGCUGAGGAACUAGAAGAUUCUAGUGGUGCAUCCAGAGACCGGAUCUCCUUUCACAGCAGGUUUGGUAAACUCUGAAAUGAAGGAGACCCCCAACCUCAGGAAGGGACCUGUUCUUUCUGGAGGGAAGGGAGUCAGUCUAGUCUGUCACCAUAGUCCUUGUUCCAUCCCUGCAGGAGACAGAGAUACAGACAGGAAAGCAGUGAUGCUCUUGGCCCCAGCCAGAGGCCAGGGGAGAUAGGAGGUAGCCCAGGGCAGAGCCUGACAAGGGAGAAGAUAAGGACGCCUUGGACCUCGGUGUCACUAUCUUGAAAAUGCGAAGAACAACUCAUGUCCCUGUCUGCCUUGGGGAUAAAUGACAGCCCGCGGAGAAAGUUUUUCCCGAGUUCCAGGCGGGGCCAGCUAGGGCGUGUGUCCACUGCAGCUGCUGGGCUUGGGCUGCAGGUCUUGUUGGAAGAAGCAGGGUCAGAACAAAGGAUGAGAAGCGGGUUGUCAUGGAGAUGAGAGGACAGCUCGUACUGGACCACACAAGGCCACCAUGGCCUGGGAAGAUGAGGCAGCUAAAUUUAGUCCUAAAUUGAAGACUGGGAAGGGAAAGUCAGCUGGGACCAUGGCUGGCCCCUGGAAAGAGUGCCCCCCGCCCCUGCAUCCCCAGCCAAGGCCACAUUCGAGUACAGUGUCAAUACUCAGGCUCAAACCUCCAAGGGAUCCAUGGGGUGGGGAAGAUGGCUUCAGUGACAGGACUCGGGAGGCACUGGCAUUGUGAUGCCAGGCUGGGGGAAGGCUUUGCUUGGGAGGAGACCCCAUCUGGGAGCUGGAGGCAGGUGGCGCCAGACCCAGCCCCCAAGGGCAGGCCUCCGGUGAGGAGCCAGGCAGAGGCCGAUCCACAACCAAGCUGGGUAAAGUGCAGGAAAGGUUCCAGGCCCAGGAGGGACAAAGGACCACUCUGGAAAAACAUGCCCAGAGCAUACCUAUGGUAGGGACUAGGGAAAUAAUGCCAGGGAUAAGGCGGCAAAAUUUGCUCCAGACCCCAGUUGAUGGUGGGCGUGGUCUUCAGAAUGAGAGAGAGCUGCGAUUCGGGCCUGAGUGUGACAAGAAGUACACAGUACACCUACUCCACCUCCCUCGUAGCCCUGCCGGCAACACCACUCAUCAAUCGCCCUGUCUUGUUGUCCUGGUGGGAAACUUGCUAUGGCCUCCUAACUGUUUGAACGCCAUGUUGCAGGCGGUCACUGCCAACAGAUCAGAGCUGGUGUGCUUAUCCUCACCACCCUGCCUCUCCGGAGCUGGGUUGUCGGAUGGAAGUUGUUGGGGGCAUCACAUGGAUCCAGGUAGUUCAAGGGCCUGAAACGACCCCCUGAGGGCUCAGCGGUCAGGGUUCAUCCCUUCACCUGUGAAAUAAACAUCUGCAGAAUGUCCGGGCCGGGCAUUGCUCUAGGUGCUGGAGAUGCAGCAGACCCCUGCCCUAACGGAGCUCACAUUCUAGUGGAGGAAAAUGGGCAAUUUUUAAAAACAAACACGUGAUAAAAUAAAUAGAACCUGUGCUGCAUCACUCACUAAGGAGCCGGUGGAUUCAGGAAUGCCAGAGGGAGAGGGUUGCUCUUUUAAAUCGUGUGAUGGGGCCUCCGCAGUGAGGUGACGUUUGACCAGGGGCCCGAACGCAAACCUGGGGGGUGCACAGCCCAGGACGGGCUCAGCGAGUGGGAAGGCUGCCCUGUGCCAGAAGGGCUCUGCCGGGCGUGCCAGGACGGGCAGGGCUGCCUCCAGGGAGCUCCAUUUGGUGCAGGGAGAAAGGCAGGGCCGGCUCUUCUGGCUUAGCCUUUGGUGUAACGGAAAGAACCCAAAGACACCAACGUUAUGAAAGAGAUUCCUCAGACAGAAACACGCUGCAGUCCCCAGGAGAGGAGCAGAGUUUGCACAAGUAGGGGUGACAGCCAACAUACCUACCAGCAUGUUGCAGAUGCCACACUCAGGCGUGCGUUGGGUAUCGGCCUGCUGGCAUCACUUCCUGGGGGCAGAGUCUAGGACUUCCCCUUGAUCUUGUUUAGCAGCCUGGGGUCUGCUGACCUCCUGCCCUUGGUCUCGGAGUGGCCCCAGUGUCACUUGCCUUCUUGCAGGUCAUCUGUGCUCCUUUUCCAAUAAGAGUUCUUUCUUCUUUAGGAAAAAAAAUUAAAUUUGGGUUGCAUUCCACUUUAAACCAACCAUGGCCAUUAUAGAAAGAAAAUGAAAAAUAGAGAAAAGUAUAAAAAAAACCUCCCCAACUCUGCCGCGGGAAGACAUCCCCUACUGUGGUGCAAGCCCCUCUGGUGUUUUUCUUCUGCAC